GGUGCACGGGGCGGGCGGGAGGUGCUGCGUUUCCCCCGGGAGCGCUCGGGGCUGGGCCUGCGGGCACCAGCGGGUUCCCGGGCUUUCCCCGGAGACGCGUUUUCCCCAGGCGCCCCUGCAGCGUCACUCCUGCCACAGCUGGACCAAGGGCAGAGGGGCGGCCGUGCGUGGCUGUGACGCGGUUGAGCUGGAAGCAGGACUUUCCCAGUGACGUUAAUUCUCAGAAGAAGUAAUGUGGCCGAACCACAGCUUGGUUGCCUCAUGGUGUAGGGCCAGAAGGUGACAGUGGCAGUUGCAUGGUGUGUGGCGGGGAAAGCCUUUGUUUUUCCUAGUGUUCAAAUGGUGGGUGAGCGUAACAGAAAAAUGUUGGGAAAAUGGCUGUGGAGCAGUGGUGUCUCAGCCUUGGCGGGUGUUUGAGUGCUGCAGUUACAUGGAAACAAACCUCAGUAGCAACAGAGAAGAGUAGUGCUCCUGAAGUGAGAUGCCUGAACCUUUUCCUUCUGAAGACAUAAUGCAACUUCUGUAUCUUAGAGAUUAUGUGUCUGUGAAUGUUGAGGAUGAUGUUGAAGCAGUUAUUAUGGACCAUGGAGAAAAUGGACUGUCCCCAGAAAGCUGCAUGUCAAUGGGACAAAACUCUGAAGUAAACAGUGGUGUUCACCAUGUGGCUCAAGUUGUUUAUGGAAGUGAAGGCUUAUCAGUGCUAUCUGAGCGAGUGGCAUCACAAAUGAGCCAUUCUGCAAAUAUGCAGAGAGGAAAUGGUCACAGCCCUGAAAAAAUGGAUUUUGUGUUUUCGCAUAAUAAAAGAAAACGACUUGCCCCUUCUGUAGUGGGAAGAAAUGUGAUGAGAACCAGGGAAGGAGAAUAUGAAGAUAGUGACAGUAUCAUUUAUGAGUAUGAACCAGACUAUGAAUGUAGGAGUACUGUAUCUGAAGCUUCCUACACUGGAGAUCAGCAGAAAACUCUUAUGGAGGUCCUCAGUUAUUGCCAGGCCAUGUAUGAUGCCAUUCAGAAACUGGAUAAAAAAUUUGACUUGCUUCAUUGGAAGGUCUCAGAAAUGCAGCAUACUCGUGUAAAGCCACUGUUGCUCAAACCUAAACCAGUUGGAUUUACAUACAGAAGUUCCAGUCAUUUGCCUCAAGGAAAAAUAAGAGUACAAAAAUCUAUGGAGAGGGAAUCAAGUCUUCAUGUCUCUUCGCCAGGCCAGGGAAGGCAUAGCCCAGUCAUAAGGGUUGCUUUACAAAAUGGCCAUGUUCAGGUCAAUUCCACCAUGAAACAUGCUCAACAGAGUAUCGAGCUUGAAUUGCAGCACCCUGUUCGUAGGCAGAGCCCACCGCUCCCCACUAUAGUUUCUACGCAUUCAUUACAUUCAUCAUACACAGCAUCUAACAGGAUGCCCGACCUUUCUCCACAAUCAAAUUUUGUAGGCGGAGUUGUGGAAAAUACUGUCAACAUUGUAUCAUCAUCACUGGCAUCAGCAUCCGUGCCAGCACCCUCUGAGGCCAGUCUGGGAAAUAAUGCUGUGGUGAUGAACUACAGAAAUGAAUCUGGGAGUGUGAACAUCAGUAAAGAGCUGCCAUCUUCUCCAAUAUCCAUCAAUCCUAGCUUUGAGUUCGUUGGUGACCCAGUGAGAAAUGUAAAAGUUCUUGGAAACUAUUUGACGAAAGCUCGGCAAAAGACUAAACCAAAGUACGCAGCGCGCUACUUAGUUCGUGUCUUGUUCCCCAAGGAAACGUUAUUGUGCAGCAUUAUGGGAGUGAGUGCACGGGGGCGCAGAACUUUGGAUCCAAACAAAAUUGCUGCAAUAAGAGAAUUUCUUGCAACUAACUUUCCAACCUAUGAUUUGAGUGAGCAUGGAAAAGACUGGAAAACCUGUAUCACAAAUGUCAAUGCUAUGAUCCGCUGUUUACGCUCUGAAACAAAAAUAAACCCAGGGACAGCUGAAGGGAAAGAAAAAGUGGCCAACACUCCAGACACAUCUCAUUGUGUAGAUUUAAAUUAUAAUGAAGAUAGUGAAGGCAAUUCUCAAAACUCUCAGAAAAUGACCAGCUCCACAGCUGACACAUUGCAGAAUUCAGGAUCGGAUAAGCUUCCAGAAGCUUUUCGCACACCUUCGGUCAAGAAACUUCAGUCUUCAGAACCUAUGGAACUUCUUGGAAGCCCGUGGCGCAAUGUUCAGUUACCGUUUUCAGUCAUUUAUGUAGCUAAGGGGAAGUCUCGGCCGGAGUUGUCAGCUCGCUACCUAAUUCGUCACAUGUUCCCUGAAGAUGUGCUGGUAAAAAGCAAUGUAUAUGGUAAUCUUGAACGUGGCAUGAGCCCACUGGACUGCAACAGAAUUAAUGCUCUCAGAGACUUUCUUCAAGAAAAUUAUCCAUCCUUUGAUCUAAAGGAAACUGGAUAUGAUUGGAAGGCAUGCGUAGCUGCCAUGAAUGGCACAAUCCGCAGUCUCAGACAUGACCAUAAAAAGUCUACAAUUGGAAUCCGCCCGAAAGUCUUGGCAGUGCCACCACUGAGUGUAAAGAGUCCUCCACAGAGUCCGACUUCAGUAAAGCCGUUUGAAAGUGACACUAUCAAUCUCACAGACUGAAGCUCUCUAACAUCUGUCUCAAAUCUUAACUUAGCAGGUUUUUAUAAAUCCCAUGGAGAAGCCUGUUACAUUGAGUUGUCCUGGUACACUGAGUUGUUGACAGCACUAAAUAGUAUUAUUUCAUGAGACCAAAGUUAGCAGACUUGGGAACCCUAACUCCUUGUAUAAGUAGCAUUUGUGCUCCUCAGAAAUUACUUCCACUGUUCCCUGUAGCAUUUGCAACAUGCUGUCUCCUAAAAGCACCUUCUCACAUUUCAUUGAUUCUGACAGAUUAAUCUGGUUAGAAAAGGUGCACUGCGCAUGAGUUCAGCACAAGCAGAUAGAAAUGUGGAGAAGAAACGUUGUCCUCCUUGGAGGAAGACUUGUAGCCAACUAAAUUGUCUUGUUAUGUGUGAAGAAUGAAAUUUUCUUUGACAAUUGCAUAGCUUAAGCAGAAAUAUCUAAUGUGGAAAAGAAAAAAAAAUUGCAUCUAUCUAACUUAUGUCUAUCUCUCACUUCUUUUGCCUCCUACAGCAGUCUGUUGUAGGAUCAGGAAAGAGGCAAACAACAACAUGAGUACAGUUGGUAAUAUUUUCUUUGUUGUGAUUUAGCUCUACAAAAGCACAAAAAAAGCAUCCAGAAGAAGCAGUCCGAUAGUUGGUCUUUUUUUUUUCUUGGUGAAGAUUAAAGAAAAUACUUCUUCAGGGCCUUAGGCUGCUGUUCAGUGACAUAUGUCUCAUCUACUUAUGUGGAUAUCCACAAGAUGCAAAUCAGGAUUUGGAUCCUGAUGCAGAUUUGAGAAAUAAUUUCCAUCAGCUUCAAGUCACUGGUCCUUCAGUUAAAACUUGAGUACACAUGCUGGACUUGCCCAUCGGUUUCAUUUGUAAGUUGAAAUACAGCAACAGUCACUGUACAGAAGUUAAUGGCUUUUUUGUUGGGUGGAUUCUUUUGUUGUUUGGGGGCUUUUUUGGUUGUGGUGGGUUUUUUUGUUUGGGUUGGUGGGGUUUUUUUGUUUUGUUUAUAUUUAAUUUCUGUUACUUGUGUUUCCACACGGUUCUCUCGCUGUCUGCAUAUUGGCUAACUGGUGCCUCAGCUUGCCUUGCCACUUGCAUUAUGUCUGAGUGUAGCCUCACAUGGCCAGCUUUUUUAACAGAAAGAAGCUUCUCAGAAGCCUGACGCAGGGAACCAGUUUCACAUUUGAGGGUUGAUGCAAGUGUGGCUUUCAAAAUUAUGCCUGUGUACAUAGCAGAACAAGAUUUAACUAAAUCUGUCCUCUCUGAAGCAAAGGUUUCAUGGUUUGUUUUUUGUUUUUGUUUUCUUUUUUUUAGCAAUAGGAUAACGUAGUGAGGUUAUUUGUUCUCACUUCUAUUUGUAACAAACAGGAAGUAUUUAUUAUAUGCAGUAUAGGAUUGGCUUUUUUAUUGCAAGUUAGGAUAUGCAAUGGCCUUAUCAAAUCUGAAAUUAGUAAUUUAAGUUUCCUCUACAUCCUCCUUGCAGAAGUCUUCUGUAGGAUUUAAGAAAUAGGCUGAAUUUCUGGUUGUGUGUGGUUUUUUGUUUUUUUUUUUUUUUUAAGUAUAAAUGUUGUUCUGCAAAUUUGGUUGUUCUGGUUUACUACUAGCAUUCUGCUGUUACUGUUCUAUACUAUUAUUCUUGUAAAUGCCAAGAACUUUGUUGUGAGUAGAUAUUACUGAUUCUAAACCUCAGAAAAAGCUGAAAUUACUUAUUUUUUCAGUAGUUUUAUGAAAAUUUUUAACUGUCCUUCACAGAUUUUGAUGGUAGAAUGAUAUAUUUAUUGAAUGACCUGUCUGGCACUGAAGGCUGUUAGUGUGGUGCAUACCUAUAGCUUCCAUACUGAAAAGAGAAUUGAAUAAAAGUAGAAAUAGGUUUUUUGUUUCUGUUUCAAAUGUAUGAAUUUUUGCUAACUUUUAUAAAAUUAAAUUACAGUAUUUUGCUGUUAGGAAUAAAGUAUUUUACAAAGAAAA